GCGUAUUUUGCUUUUACGUACAAACAUGACAUCGAGCGUAACCUCAAGACCUCAAUCGCCCGGGAGUUUCGAAAGUGGAACUUCUCUAACACGCCUUCUGAAGUUAAAAAGUCCAUACAAUGCGUGCAAACCUCAUUCAAAUGUUGCGGGGUAACCGACUAUCGCCUGGAUUAUUAUGCCGUACUACCUGCCUCAUGCUGCGACCAGUGGUCCAAGGGUGACAGUGCCGAUAAAACGUGCUACGAAUGGGAGGUGAGGCACCGGGAGGGCUGUAUGGAUAAAGUGGAGAAU